AGAAGCGCGUUAUCGGAUGACGCGCGCUCCGUGUCCCCCUCCCUUUCGCCUUCCAUUAGCGAUUGUCUGUUCAUUUUGAUAGAAAAUCGUUUGUUGUUGUUUUAAAACAAAACACAUGCUUGAGUUGCCACAUCAUGUUACUGAGAAGUCGUUGACACGAAGGAAUGGUUUAACCUAUACGCUGACAGGAGAGUUAAUUCAUUUCCCGAUUUCUCAAAGCCGUCUUGGUUUUUAACAACACACGUAACAGGUGCCAAACACGUCUCGCAAGGGAUCUUCGUAGCGGCAGGUCCGGUUCAAACUGUUGGGUACUGGGGUUUAUUGACGGUGAGAUGGAGUAGCAUUAUGAAUGACAGCGUUUGUUUAGUGGAUAUAUUGACAUGUAUUCAUAGUUUGUGCUAUCUCGCUUCUCUGCCUGCCUGUCCAAUGAGAAUUAGUAGGCGGAGAGAGAGGAGAGAAGUUGGUCCGUGGAGUGAAAGUGAGAGACGGAUUCAGAGAGGCAGAGCAUUAGAUAUCAUGACCAAGAGGAGUUGGGAAACAUAUUGCUUUAACAAAUUGUAAUUUUAAUCUGUAGGCUAUAUUUAAUUUUUUCCAAUGUCGAGACGCCAAGUUUUCAACAUUUUCCAGCUAAACCCCAGCUAUCAGAAAUGCAGUCGCAACAGUGGGUUCAUCAUCAUAUCAUCAUGAAAGAUUUACUGCUGUCAUUUUUAUAGACAUUGACAUGAUCGAAUAAGGUUCGUCAUUAAUCGAUCAUUGGAUAACAAAUACAUAGAUUUAUUUGCACCGCUUCACUAAAGGAGCCGGCGUCGAACGAUUUAGCAAAUCAUUUCGAGAAAAUACCUUUUGGAAGCCGAGGACCUGUCGGGUUACCACCUAUAUGAACGGAAGCGAAGCGAGCAAUGAUGGAAUGGCCGUGACAACAUGAAAAAGAAAAAGUGUGGAGGUCUAUAUCCAUCCAGCCAGUGAUUCAACACUUCUGACCUGGGGACAGAGACGGAGAGGAGAGAAGCCGGGCGAGUCAUCCUCCCAGUCCCAACCAUGGAGCCCCCCCCCUCUCUGAGCCUGGCUCUGCUGGGAGGGAGCGAGGAUGAGGACCCACGCUUCCCCCUGCCUCUGAGUGGUAUCUCCCAUCCGUCCAUGACCGGAAACUACCCGGGAACAAACCACUCCAACCACAUGGGGGGAUCCAGCUUGGACCGUCUGAACGGGAGCACCCCGUCCCCCACCACGCCUAGCAUGCCGCUGUCAUCGCUCUCCAAGCUGCCCGUGUCCUCGGCGGGGGGGCAACCCCUGCCCCCUCCCAUCCCCAACGCCCUCCACCCCACCAGCACCCCCCUGUCCUCCUGUCUGGGCUCCCAGCACAGCCUCAGUGGGGAGAACUCCCCCGUGUACAACGCCCUCUUCUACUCGUCACACUCCCCCUCCAUGGAGCGAGACAGGGACAGAGACAGGGGCUGUAAGCACAGACAGGCCAGUCCGCUGGUUCACCGCAGGGACAGCAACCCCUUCACAGAGAUCGCCAUGAGCUCCUGCAAGUACACAGGAGGCGUCAUGAAGCCCCUCAGCCGGCUCAGCGCUUCCCGCCGAAACCUCAUCGAAUCAGACAGCGGCAGCGACACCAGAGAGGGCGGAGCUACGGCCGCGGGCGGGAUGACGGCGUCCGGGGGGCGGGAUCGAGAAGCCCUGCCCACCUCCUCCUCUCUGGCUCAGUCUUCUACCAAUCAACCCAUUACCCAGAAUCCCCCAGAGAUCGUCAUCUCAUCCAAAGAAGACUCGCCUUACGCCAGGGGCUAUGACAUCAGUGACUCGACCUCCAAUCAGAUGUCAAUAUACCAUCAGAACCAUGCCCUGGUGGAGAGCAGGGGGGCCCUAGGUGGGUCGGGGGUUGGGGUGGGGGGAAUAGGGGGCAGCAGGCAAGGGGGGGCAGGGGUCGGGGCUAGGGGGAGCACUUCCAAAGCCUCGAAGCGCAAGAACCAGAACAUCGGCUACAAGCUGGGCCAUCGGAGGGCGCUCUUCGAGAAGAGGAAGAGGCUUAGCGACUACGCACUCAUCUUUGGAAUGUUCGGCAUAGUCGUCAUGGUGAUCGAGACAGAGCUGUCCUGGGAGUUUACAACAAGGCGCAUCGCCAUGACGAUGGAGCGGGUGUUGCUGAUCGCCCUGGAGCUGCUGGUGUCGGCGGUGCACCCGGUUCCCGGGGACUUCAAGUUCCAGUGGCGGGCGCGUCUGGCGUUCUCCUACGCCCCCUCGCAGGCGGAGGCCGACCUGGACAUGGUGCUCAGCGUGCUGUUCCUGCGUCUCUACCUCAUCGCCCGCGUCAUGCUGCUGCACAGCAAGCUGUUCACCGACGCUUCCUCCAGGAGCAUAGGGGCCCUCAACAAGGUGCACUUUAACACAAGGUUUGUGAUGAAGACUCUGAUGACCAUCUGUCCAGGAACGGUGCUCUUGGUCUUCAGCAUCUCACUGUGGAUCAUCGCAGCCUGGACUGUUCGGGUGUGUGAGAGGUAUCACGAUGCUCAGGAUGUGACCAGUAACUUGGGAGCCAUGUGGCUCAUCUCCAUCACCUUCCUGUCCAUCGGCUACGGAGACAUGGUCCCUCACACCUACUGUGGGAAAGGGGUGUGUCUACUGACCGGGAUCAUGGGUGCAGGCUGCACAGCUCUGGUGGUUUCCGUGGUAGCCAGGAAGCUGGAGCUGACCAAGGCUGAGAAGCAUGUGCACAACUUUAUGAUGGACACGCAGCUCACCAAGAGGAUAAAGAACGCAGCAGCCAACGUUCUGAGGGAGACUUGGCUCAUCUACAAACACACCAAACUGCAGAAGAAGAUCGACCACUCCAGAGUCCGCAAACAUCAGAGGAAGUUCCUGCAGGCCAUCCACCAAUUACGCAGUGUGAAGAUGGAGCAGAGAAAGCUGAGCGAUCAGGCCAACACACUGGUGGAUCUGUCAAAGAUGCAGAGCGUGAUGUACGAGCUGAUGUCGGAGCUGAACGACCGCAGCGAGGACCUGGAGCGUCAGAUGCUGUCUCUGGAGCAGAGAGUGGAGCAGCUCACCGCCGGCUUCACAGCCCUGCCUGCCCACUUGUCGGCCACCCUCAGCGCCCAGCACGCCGCCCUCCUCCACCUGCUCCGAGAGAGGGAUGCCCGGGACUGGAGAGGUGGGGCUGGCACCAUGGUUCCACUGACCCCAGCUCCACUGGCAACAGCCCAGACCCAGGCCCCGCCUCCAGCCCCUGUCCUGUCACCUGGCACAGCCCCAGCCCCAGCCUCAGCCUCAGCCCCUGUCUUGGUCCUAGACACACAACAGGCAGCCCAGCCAGUGCAAACACUAGAGGGGAGCGAGGAGACUAGUCCAUGUUCUAACACUGGCCCCCCUGGCUGCUAA